AUGGAGCUUAUACUACGGCCCCUCGAGCCCGUCCCUGACGAUGCCAACAAGCUUCAGAUAUCCGCCAGCUCUCUCGAGAGCCUUACCAAGCACCUGAAGCUGCCCGCGGCGUUCAUCUUCGCCCUCACCCGCUACUACCUGCCCAACGGACGAGGCAGCCGCCAGAUCAAGAUCGGCGACAAGACAUGCCACGACACGUGGUAUUUUCUCCCAGUCCGGGUUCAGGUCGAGGCAGUCGGCACCAACCCUGCGGCGAACCCGCCCGCGACCACUGACGACGAUGACGCCAGCCAGAUGAACCCCUUUUACAAGCUCCAUCUUCCGGACGUGCAGAGAGAUAUCCACCGGUCGUGCGUGGGUAUCUUCUCGCGCGUCGACCUGGACUUGCAGCGCUUCACAUUCGUGGCCUUUGACUUUAUGCACGGCCGCUGGCCCAAGGUCGCCCUCGAGCCAAGGGAGCGCAUCGGUGACGUUCUCAAGCGCCACGCCCAGAGUUCCGACGCCAGCUUUGGCCGCGAGCACUGCGUGCACCUCGUCUACCUGACGAGCGCCACCCGCUGGUGGACCAAUUCUCUGUCGAGCGUCAACGAGCAGCUCAUUGCAUACGAGCGGCGCCUACAAGCCGAGCUCGACAGGGCCGGCACCACGCCCGAGUCGGUCCUGACGGAGCUCAACAGAGCGCUGCACUCGAUCGCCGCGCAUCUCCAGCGGUACCUGUCCGAGCUCAAGUCCCUGCGGGGCAUCGCGGCCGACCUCUCUGCCAAUCACGCCUCUGUCCACGCGAACGCCGCCGAGCAUGGCAAUGAGGACGCAUUGAAACAGGCGGCCCGCGGCUUUGCCCAGGUUCUGUCGCAGGUCGAUGCGGCCCACGAGCUGGCCGUGGAGCUCGAGAAGAAGACGCAGAACAUCCUGGCCCUUAUCAGCAGCGACCGUCUGCUCGUAGCCAACGGGGAAGCAAUGCAGGGCAUUCUGAGAGCCAUGCAGGAAGACGCCAGCCUUGCCCAGCGGAUGGCGAGGGAAUCGCACAGGCUCGCGCAAGAGAUGAAGAAGGACAGCAUUGCCAUGAAGACGGUAGGAUUUCGCCUUUGCACGUGUAUAGAUGCCGGCAGUUGUUGA